AGUCAAUCAAUCCUACGAAUCGCCUACCGAUACUCAACAGUCGAACCCCACGAUUUCUCUUCAAUAAGAUGGCUCUCGUCAACGCCAGGAACAAGGUGCCCGAGCACCAGGUCUUCUACCAGAACGCCUACAAGAACCACCAGCGUCUCUGGAGGAUCAACCCUCGCUCCAAGUUUCUUAUGGUCCCCUACCUUGCCCUCCUUUGGGGUGGCUUCGCCGGUUCCGUCUACAUGGGCGUCCGUAAGGUUGCCGGUCACAACACCUGGCUCGGCGAGAACUAGAGUCUGGUACAGCAUUAUAUCGUGCCCCUACGGUUUGACAGGGUUGUUUGUAUAAUGGAUAGACCGAGCUGUGCAAUCAAUCAAGGCUAGAAAGUCUCAAUUCAGACUUUCCGUUC